AUGCCCUCUACAACUGCGAGCCUCGAUCCCUCCAACACCAAAAAGGGCGUUGAGACGCCUUACUCAACCGCGUCUGGAGGCGACGACGCCACCACCACCCUAGUUACGCCCGCGAACACCGUGGCAAACCCCGAUGACACGCCCACGCGGGCCGGGGAUAAUCACUCCAGGACUUCGCGUGGGUACCACGGCGCCAUUGCAGCCUGGGGCAGUACUUCGGGGAAACUGUACCUCUCAGGCGUGAACCUCAACGAACCGAAUGUGACGGAUAGUCUCGCGGCGAUUUUCACCGGUGUGGGCAAGGAGACCACCAGGGAUCGAAAUGCAAGGCAUGGCAAUGGUGGUGGUGGUGGUUGUGGUAGUGAGGAAAGGGAAAGCAAUGCCGAUUAA